GGCAGGCAGGGAAGGAAGGAACAGAGCCCCGCCGCUGGGUCUCUCUCCGGAGAGGAGCAGCGCCGGAGGAGAAGGGGCCGGGAUGGCGGCCGACGGGGGCCUGGAGCAGCGGGCGCUGCAGUACGAACAGACCUUGAUGUAUGGCCGCUAUACUCAGGACCUAGGAGCCUUUGCCAAGGAUGAAGCAGCACGCAUCCGGCUACAGCAGGAGCGUUGGAAGCCAUCUUCUAAAGAGCGCCUGCGCCCCUCAGAGCUGUUGGAAUAUGACCAGAGCCGCUGCACACGUUGCCGGAUCUGUACAGUGCGAUGCCAAAAGUUCCUCAUCUCUAAAGUGGGUGAAGACUGGAUUUUCCUCAUCCUAUUGGGAUUGGUUAUGGCCUUGGUGAGCUGGGCUAUGGAUUUUGCCAUAGCCACCUGCCUGCAAGCCCAGAAGUGGAUGUAUGGAGGAUUGGACGCCAACAUCUUCCUGCAGUACAUGGCCUGGGUUACCUACCCAGUGGUGCUCAUCACUUUUUCAGCCGGCUUCACCCAGAUCUUGGCUCCACAAGCAGUGGGUUCUGGCAUCCCAGAAAUGAAGACCAUUUUGCGGGGUGUGGUGCUGAAGGAAUACCUUACCCUCAAGACAUUUGUGGCCAAAGUGAUUGGUCUGACAUGUGCCCUGGGCAGCGGGAUGCCUUUGGGAAAAGAAGGUCCAUUUGUCCACAUAGCCAGUAUGUGUGCUGCCCUACUCAGCAAAUUCCUCUCUCUUUUUGGUGGUAUUUAUGAGAACGAAUCCCGGAACAUUGAGAUGCUGGCGGCUGCCUGUGCUGUGGGUGUUGGUUGCUGCUUUGCUGCUCCAAUCGGAGGUGUCCUCUUCAGCAUUGAAGUCACAUCAACGUUCUUUGCUGUCCGCAACUAUUGGCGUGGCUUUUUUGCAGCCACCUUCAGCGCUUUCAUCUUCCGAGUGCUUGCUGUGUGGAACAAAGAUGAAGAAACUAUCACAGCUCUGUUUAAAACCCGCUUCCGACUGGACUUCCCAUUUGACCUGCAGGAGCUGCCGGCCUUUGCUGUCAUUGGAAUUGCCAGUGGCUUUGGAGGGGCCUUGUUUGUCUACUUCAACCGCAAGAUCGUACAGUUCAUGCGCAAGCAAAAGGCCAUUAACCGCUUCCUCAUGAAAAAGCGUCUACUCUUCCCUGCACUUGUCACACUUCUCAUAGCAACAUUGACCUUCCCACCUGGUUUUGGGCAAUUCAUGGCUGGCCAGCUCACACAGAAGGAGACACUGGUGACCCUGUUUGAUAACCGUACAUGGGCCAAGCAGGGGUUGGCAGAAGAAUUUGAAUACAUUGGUGUAUCUGAGGCCUGGAAGCACCCACACUCCAAUGUCUUUGUCACCUUGGUGGUUUUUAUCCUCAUGAAGUUCUGGAUGUCAGCCUUGGCCACCACCAUCCCUGUGCCCUGUGGUGCCUUCAUGCCAGUGUUUGUCAUUGGUGCAGCAUUUGGCCGCCUGGUGGGUGAAAGCAUGGCUGCUUGGUUUCCGGAUGGCAUCCACACAGACAGCAACAUCUACCGCAUCGUGCCUGGGGGCUACGCAGUGGUGGGUGCAGCUGCGCUGUCUGGUGCUGUAACCCACACAGUCUCCACUGCUGUCAUUGUCUUUGAGUUGACAGGCCAGAUCUCUCACAUCCUACCAGUCAUGAUUGCAGUGAUUCUGGCCAAUGCUGUGGCCCAGAGCUUGCAGCCCUCGCUCUACGACAGCAUCAUCCGAAUCAAGAAGCUGCCCUAUUUGCCAGAGCUGGGCUGGGGACAUCAGGAGAAGUACAACGUUCGUGUGGAGGACAUCAUGGUCCGUGACGUCCGCUACAUUACCCUGAACUGUCGGUAUCGCGAUCUUCAGGAUGUGUUGCACAGUACCAAAAUGAAGAGCCUGGCUCUGGUGGAAUCAGUAGAAUCCAUGAUCCUGCUGGGCUCCAUUGAGCGCACACAGAUUGUGGCUCUUCUGAACGACCAGCUGAGCUAUGCGCGCCGCUUGCAGUACAUGCGGGAGAAAGCCCAGGCUGAACGCAGAGCCACCGAGAAGAACCCAGAAGGAGAGGAGCAACACCAAACCUCUGACACAGGAGUGCGCUUCCAGAUCAUCACAGAGGAGUCCUCCUUUGUCCCACCCCGAAGUGAGUCCCGCAAACCCCUCAAGCCAGCUCUGAAGCGAGCCGCCAGCACUUUAUCUGAGAGUCCUUCAAGUGGAGCUGUGGACCCACCAGGUAUCGCCUUGCGGAGCCUUUUUUGUGCUAACUCCCCAACAACAGAGUCUGCUGAGGAUGAGAAUUCGGGCCUGUCUGAAAAGCGCAAGUCGAAGCGCGUCCGCAUUUCCGUGGCGGAUGAAUAUGAAGUGGUUGGCGAGAUGACACCCACAGAAAUCCUGGAGUGGGAGGAACAACAGCUUGAUCAGUUUGUCAACUUCAACAACAGCAAAAUUGACCCAGCACCAUUCCAGUUGGUGGAGCGCACUUCUUUGCACAAGACACACACCAUUUUCUCCCUCCUAGGAGUGGACCAUGCCUAUGUCACCAGCAUUGGACGUCUUAUUGGCAUGGUGUCCUUGAAGGAACUGCGAAAAGCCAUUGAGGGCUCAGUCACAGCCAAGGGCGUCAAGGUACGUCCCCCGCUGGCCAGCUUCCGUGACAGCACCACCAGCAGCAGUGAGACGGAGGCCACCGAAAUCCACCAGCUGUGGGACCGGCGGCACCGACACUCCAUUCCCCGUGAGUCCAGCCCUUCUGAGAGCGACGACAAAUGUCAAUGACAGCAAAGGAAGAGAGCAUGCAGCAGAGUGCUGAUGAACAUAAUAGGUCGGCGUUGAUGCCCCACCACCACAUGGAGGGUGGGGUUGGAAGUGCCUUGCCUAGCAUCCUGGCCCAUGGUCCUGUUACCUCACCAACAGACUUGCCAGCGGCCUCCUCAUCAGAACAGAGUUAGGCCCAAGGCUUGGGAGACAGGCAGUGGGAAUGCUCCCCAGUCCAAAGCGCCAAGGCUGCCCCCUUACCUGUUCUUGGUCGGAAAGAGUGGAGGGUGCAGAACACAUUCCUGCUGAGGAAUUCCUCAAGAUUUUCUGCUGAGAGACCCAUCCUCCUUGCUGGGGUUCGUGUCUCAAGCAGAGUGUAGACUUCGUGGAAAUACUGGAUUCAUCUCUCCCCACUGGAUGCUGAAGACAUCACACCUGUCCCACUAUAGUGGGAUUGCACUCUCAGUCCCACACCUGAGCAGUCUCUUAUCCUGCCCUUGUCUUCAGGGCUUGCUCAUUCAAUGCUACUCUCCUUCAUCUCUCUGUAACUCUGGUUUUUGAGCAACCUCUACACAGAAGACCCUCCAGUGGAAUCAAACCUUCAAAAAGAGGGAGAGUUUGCAAGCAGAGAUUGUGAGGUGAUUUUCUUUGUCCCAAGAAAUCUUUUCCUAACAAAAGAGCAUGUGCUGGUUAUUGCUUUGAGCAGACCACCUCUUGGCUGAGGCUGGUCCUAUCGUUUAGUGCAGCAUUCCCCAAUCUGCUGUGCUCUGGGUAUACUAGACUAUAAUUCCCAUCAUGCACAGACAUUGGGACAGGGGGUCCCCAUAUUUCUGAAGGGCACACAAAGCAAAGCUUGUGGGAAGUUACUUUAUUUUUUUAUAUUUUGGACUGCAGCUUGCAAAAUCUCCCCAGCCAGCACAGAGAUUCACAGAAUCAUGAUCCAAAAAUGUAACUUGCCCCAAACUCUGAAGCCCCAUUAUCUGACUGUCUUAGUCUUUCCUCAGGUCUGCUGCCCCACCAUGAUCCAUUUGCAGUCAGUCAGUGAAUCAUGGCCCUCUUAUUUGGGGAAGGGGUUGUUCUGCUAAAUAAAGGACAAGUCUCCAGCCUCCCCACUUUUAUUAAUAUAUGUGGGGAUAAAAUAAGGUGAACACUGGAUCUCGUAGCUACUGAGCCUUGGGCAGCUUUUCCAUCAUCCCACCCACCCUCAGCCCCAAAUAAAGAUUCUGAAUGGCUGUCCCUUUCCCACUUCUCUAUGUGGGGCCCAUCCUGUGCUUGAAACCCAGAAUGAAGAGAGGAAAGUGGGGAUGGCACCUGAGAUGUAAAUACAGAGAGAUUUUUAUAUUAAUUUAAUAAAAGAAAGAGAUUACAAAUAGAACUGUAAAAGAACCAACCUAA